CUUUGGUACAUAUUAAUGUUACGAAUUUAAAAAAUAAAUCUCUGUUAAAUUUUUAUGUUCUUUUUUGUAAAUUAUUUCAUGUAUGUAUAAUAUUGUACUAUUUUAUGGAGAAGUAAUGUUAUGGUCUUAAAAUGGACAAAGAAUCAGCUGAUGUCAGAAAGCGUAACAGUUGUUUUGUGAACAUAUCUCCCAAAAUAUCUGAUUCACGAGAAGAAUGUAAAUCUCAUAUUAACAUUAUUUCCAAAAAAAAAUCACCAAGUUUUAGUGAAAAUCAGUACUUGAAUACCGAAAGCAGAGAGUAUUAUAAAAAAUAUAUUUUUGAUGAUAAACCUGUAAAGGAUGAUAGUGAUUGCAAUGAUCAUUCGUUUAGUAAAAAUGAUGCAGGACAAGGAGACAAAAAUGAUUUCAUUACUAAAUUUGACCUAGAUGAAAUAGAAAUACUCAAAAAAAUGUCUCGAGAACUUCAAACGGACGAAAAUUCUAGUAUUGGUCUCGAUUCUAAUAUAAAACUCUUUAAAACAACAGUUAACCAAAUUUUAGAAAAUUUUUACAUCAAUAUGCAAGAGUUUGAACUUUAUAAGAAAAAGUAUCACGAAAUAUUACAUAAGAAUAGAGGAAAUACGGUAACAGAAAUGGAAGAUUUAAUUAAGGAUAUGAUACAGCAUAUAAGAUCAUCAGACUCAUCCGUGAACAAUAGCAAAUUCACUGAUAUAAAAGAAUUUAAUGAAGAAUUUGCUACAAAUAACCGAAAAGUAAAUAUCGAUAAUACAAAAUAUAUAUCAAACAGUUUCAAUUCUACAAUAGAAGCUUUUAAAAAUGAGAAUUAUUUAACAGAUUCAACUUUCGAACAAAAUAGUUCAAAAUUUAAUACCAGUGACAAGAAAGAAAAAUUCUUAAACAUUUUCCUGCAGAGUGGCACUCGCUACGUCGAAAUAAAAAUGGAUGAUCGCAGUCUUUUUUCUGAAAUAAAUAUAAGAGAACACAACUUUGAUGUUAUAAAAGAGCCACUAGCGUCAACCGAAAACUUUAAGAAAUUAAAAGAAAAAAACAUUGAAUUAGAAAACUAUGUCAAAGAACAAGAACUAUAUUUGAAGGAUAGAGAAAUACCAGUUAAGAGCUCAAAUGCAAAGAAAAAUAUACAUCUAAAUGAGGAUUUUCUCGAUAAUGAUAAAAACGACUGUAUUAAUAAGUUUUUCAUAUUUAGAAUUUGUAACUAUUUAUGUCGCAAACUUCGUAAGAAUGCAUUUGUUUAAUUGAACUAGUACAAUGGAAUAUCAU